CAGAGCAAACAGCUUCUCUUUCGCUUGCCUUCCAGUUCGUUCAUGGAUGAUACUCAUCAUAGCACUCAUAAACGUCAGUGCUUGCAUUCCAGGAAAUACGCUAUAUUGACAAGCGAUAUCGCUUGUUUGCGAUAAUAAUUCGCGUCUCCUGUUCCCCGCUGGUUGGCUGUCGCGAAACGGCCACCCUCGCAUUCGAACCGCGCCUGGCUUGAUCGAUGUAAACAACAGCACAUUUCAAGCUUAGCCAAGCUUAUCUGGAUCGCAUUUUCGCAAAUUGGUCACUCCUUUACUAAUAUAUGUCACGCUUUUAAACUGUUCCAAGACAUUUUGCACUCGACCCUAAGGCGCUUGAGACUUGGAAUAACAUGGCGUCUGGUGAAGCUAAUUGGACCCAGCAUGAAAAGAAACGUCUGCUGGCGGAGAUUAUAAAGGCCUCAUCAGUGGCCCCAGACUCACUGCUGUCUUUCAUCAAAGAAAAUGGGCUCAAGCCGGCAUGGAAUCAAGUUGCUCUGCCUGGAGGUCGUUCUGUGGAGGAUUGUCAGAUAAUCUUUCGCGAAUUGUUGAAGCAGGAACAUAGCACACCACUUGACAGUGCAACUCGAUCGGUGGCCAAAAAACGAACCCUCUCGGUUGUCGAAGCUUCAACCCCAGCGGGGAGAGCGCUGCAACCGCGCCCUCCUCUCUCCACAGCAUCCGAACCAGCCGCCAGAGUUGGAGCCACUAAAGCUUCUGAAGAAGGUCUCCCAAAGAGAAAACGUGGACGGCCGAGUAAGGCUGAUAUUCAGGCACGCGCUGAAGCGGCCGCGGCCCGAGGCGAGCCCUUGCCUCCGACUAAGACCUCAAAACCCAAGUCAACGCCUUCAACCCCGAGUGCUACACCUGGAAAGAGGAAGCGUGGGCGACCCAGUAAGGCUGAUGUUCUGGCAAAGCAACUGCUGCUUGAAUCUGCCGCUGCAGCAGAAAAUGCCGAACAAGAAGAGGAGCAUUUGGCCAGCAAGGGAAGUCAGAAUCGCAAAGGCUAUGACGAUGCGCAAAGAAAGGACGAGCCAGGUGAAGAGGAUCCUGAUCGCGCCGGCUCUGAAGAAUUAGAUGACGAGCAACAAUAUCCUGAAACCCCUGAAGAUCACCAAUUUGACCCAGAUCUCUCCGUGAACAGUGAGGAACUCCACUGAUGAUUAGCCA